AUGUCUAACGAUGUUUUCAAAGAUAAUAGCAAUAAAAAGGAAAUUGAAAAUUCUCCACCCGUUAUUAUGGCGAAAGAUUUCAGAAGUUGGAAAGUUUCCGUUACCCGAAAAGGAAUUCUGUCAUUUUUCAAAGAAUACCCUGCCAAAUCCUGGUGCUUUCGAAAUUUUUUUGAAGACAUCAUUCAAAGCUUAGAUGAGCUUCCAGCCACAUUUAAAGAGAUCGAAGUUUUGUGGACAGAAAACCUAUGGAAGAUCAAAAAAGGAAGAGGAAAACAAGUAUCUCCGGGACCUAUUUGUUCUUAUGUGGAAGAACUGCUAUCAUGGGACAAGUCAAUAAAGGAAGAAAAGCUUCGAGAGAUGCUCUCUACAUCUUUUGAUUCCAACGUAGCUGUAAGAGUAUCCAGUCACGCCAAUGCUACACAAAGAACAGCAUUAUCUUUUCAAAAAAAUACUGUUCGAAUGUUGGGCAAUAAGUCUCAGGAGAAGGACCAGUAUAAAGAUGAGGAGUCGGAUCUCGAGUCGGAUCUCGAGAUAAUUAGCAAUCAGGAAGCGAAUCAGAAUUUCAUUGAGUCAGAUCUUGAGUCAGAUGUCGAAGGAAUUGGAAAUAAACGCAAGAUGGAAAGUUUACAAGAUGAAAAUAUAUAUAUAGAAAGAUUUGAACAAGAUAAAAUCGUAUAUAAUAACUCAUGGAUUUUGAGUAGUGGGACUGAUGUAUUAAAAACAUUACAAGGUUAUGUCAGGACCAUACCGGAGACUCAUAAGUGUUUGGAUCCCAUUUAUUGGGGAAUAUUAGAUCUUACCGGUAAUCAUCCGGAAACUAAGGCUUUGUUUUCACUGGAAGAAUGGGAAGAAUUGGUUAAUCAAUUUAAUGAAGAAGUUCAAUUACAAGAAACAAAACUUCCUGAGUUUAUAUACCAUUUUUUUGAAGAAGUGGAACAUAUAAUUUUAAACAGUAAAAAUCCAAAUCCCAUAAUAGAUAUAGAUGAUAUUUCUAUUGAUAAAUUUGAAAUAAAAUAUCAAAUAAAGGUAAAGGAGGAUGAAAAGCAGCAGAUUAUUGUUUUGAAACAUGCAAUCAUAUCAUAUCUUCAAGGAUUGGAAUUACCAAUGUCUGAGGCAGAUUUUAAUAAUUUAUUUUUAAAUAUGCUAGCAAGAAGCGUCCUUGAUAAAGAUAAAAUCAAGAUGGAAUCAGGAGAAAUCUCAUGCUGGGCGUCAGCUCAACGUAGAAACGAAGGAAGAUCUGUGAUACUAAGAGCAAGAAUUGGGCAAAGGUGCGAUUUCAAGGGAAAGAUCAAGAAUACAAUUGACAAUUUAGAGGCUAUUAUUGGUCUCAGAAGCGGUGGUCUUCCUGAAGCAAAUAGAAAAAAAUUUUUCGAAGACCACAUAGAUCUUGCUGUUGCAUUAAGGGAUGUGAUUUAUACAUUUUUUAAGUCAAACAAAAAUGCAUGUAAUCAAAAAUUGCACUCCGUCUAUGUUCUUGGAAUCCAAUCUUGGGGUUGGUCCUAUGAAGUCAUAGCAAUGGAUUGCAAAGCUUCUAAUAUUUGUCGGUUAGGAAGACUUAGCAAGAUAAAAUUGCCUAAUUCUAUCGAAACAAUUGCAUGUCUUGAAGAAAUAUAUUUAGUUCUUAUGAAUAUAAAUGAUACCCUCAAAUUAAUUGGUCUUCGUGCAAACGAUGCCGCUCUUUCCAAUGCAAGGUAUAACAGCAGAAAAAAUAUGACGCAUAAUAUAGGAAAUGGCGGUUAUUUUGAAAAGAUCACCUCAACACCUUUAAAAAGAGUUAAAACGGAUUAA